GCUCUCGAGGCGAGAAUGGAGCGGGGCUGGAGCAGCUGCAAGCAGAGCCGCCUCCCCGCCCGGGCCUGGCGCUGCAGCCCCGGCCGCCGCGCCGCUGUAAGGUAUGAACAAGAUGAAACACAAGCAUCACAAAAUGGAGGCCCCAGUACCAGUGAGUCCCCUUCUUCCUCUUCCAGUUCAUGUCAGAGCUCUCCAGUGCCUGAACUUCCCGGAUUCUACUAUGAUCCUGAAAAGAAUCGCUAUUUCCGCCUGCUCCCUGGGCAUAAUAAUUAUAAUCCACUCACCAAGGAAAGCAUUCAGUACAAAGAGAUGGAGUGCAAAAGACUGAAGCUCUUGGAGGAAGAUGAACAGCAGAAGAAAACAUCUAGAGCUGGGUUGAACUCAUCAAUUCUCUUACACAAGAGGCAGUUAGGUUUGCUCAGCUCCACCAAUUAUUGCAGACUGGUCCAUGAGUUAAAGGUGAACUGCAUGCAGAAGAGGAAAAUAGAGAUUCACGGUCCAGAUUCCUCGGUUGCUGGAACCAACAAUUUUAAAAUAAUAGUGGCAGAUGCUGCUUGCGAGCGGAUAUUUGCUGUGAAUGAUGUAGAGCAUGGGGGAUGUAAAUACGGUAUCAUCAACCUCAGUGGCUUAGGGAAAGAGUCUCUCACUGUGGAGAUGUAUGACAACCUCUACUUCACAAACCGCAAGGUGAAUUCUGUGUGCUGGGCAUCACUGACUCAUCCAGAUUCCCAUGUUUUGCUGUGUCUCAUGGGAAUUGCAGAAACUCCAGGUUGUAUCAGUCUGCUUCCAGCAUCAUUGUUCAUCAGCUCUAAUCCAGUUGAUCAGCCUGGGAUGCUCUGCAGCUUCAAGAUCUCCACUGGUUGGUCCUGUGCUUGGUGCCUUAACCCCCAGGCAGAUAACUGCUUCAGUACAGGUCAGACACGGCGGGUUCUUGUGACCAAUGUGAUUACAGGUCACCGGCAGACAUUUGGAACCAGCAGCGAUGUCCUGGCACAACAGUUUGCAACCCAGACUCCAGUGCUGUACAAUGGUUGCCGUUCAGGGGAGAUUUUCAGUAUUGAUGUCCGUCAGCGCAGCCAGAAGGGCCAGAGCUGGAAAGCUGUUCGUCUCUUCCAUGACUCAGCAGUUACGUCAGUGCGUCUUCUCCAGGCUGAAUACUAUCUUAUGGCAGCAGACAUGGCUGGAAAGAUAAAGCUCUGGGACCUGAGAGUAGCUAAGUGUGUAAAACAGUACAAGGGCCAUCACAAUGAAUAUGCCACUCUCCCAUUGCACAUAAAUGAAGAAGAAGGCCUUCUUACAGCAGUUGGUCAAGAUUGCUACACAAGAAUCUGGAGUCUCCAGGACACCCAUCUGCUUAGAACCAUCCCUUCUCCACACCCAACCUCAAAGGACUCCAUCCCCAGUGUGGUCUUCUCUUCAAAACUUGGAGGGAGCCGAGGAGUUCCUGGCCUGCUAAUGGCAGUGAAGCAGGAUCUCUACCACUUCUCUUAUAGCUGAGGCAAUCCAUAUUGUCCCCAGACUAAGGUUACAGAUCAUCCAGCCCACCUGAGUGACUCAGCGUGGAGGUGGCACAGGUGGCCUUUUAUUAUAACUAUUGUAUUGGCUCAAGUCGUACUGCCGGCCCAUCUGCUAUCACGCUGGAAUUUUGAACCCAGGAGAUUCAGCAACUUCCUACUGUAUCUGCUGUAUGUCCCCCAGACAGUUGUAAAUAAAAAUGGUACAGUAGUAAUUAACUGCU